UGCUUAGACUCAGACUGUGGUGAGGUGGGGGGUUGGGGGUCUUUGCUUUAGAUCCUGUUGAGUUCAGCAGCUCUGCAGCUCUGGUUUAUGCUUCUCUAAACAGAGAGCGCGAUGGGAAGGGAGUGUAUUUGUUGGCGUUUCACAGGGUGACCAUGUCGAUAUGUACGUUAGAGUUGGGCUGACCACCUUGGACAGCCCCUUCCUGACAGCCUCACUGUUCACACAGAGACAGGAAGUCGAGACGGAGAGAAGGACCAGCCAGAAAGAGAAAACUUGCUGGUGCUGGUAAAAUUGCUUUUGUGGGCUUUUCUUCAGCUGAUCGCCGUUAAAGAGAGAACUCAGUUCCUUUCUUCAAAACAGGAGGUGAAAAGGAGCGAGAGACGGAGAUGGACAAGCUCUUCUGUCCCAAACAGGAUUUCUGUAUGAGGGACGACCAAGUCUGGACUAUGAGAAAAACAGAACAAUGAGAAAAACAGCUGUAACCCAGAAGAACACAGCUGCUACCAGAAACUGCAGAACGUCCAACGGGGUCACCCAGAGGUGGUUAUAAAUCUGUGGAUUGCUGCUCUUCUGAUUCCUCAUUAUGCACCAUGCUCUCCUCAGCACCAACCACAGCUUCUCCUAUCCUCAAAAAGCCCACCUCGCCCACCUCCCUGCUGCCCAACAUCUCUGCCUCACCACCUGACACAUCACCGUCGCCACUUGUGGACAUUUCCGUUGACUCCAAUUCCAGUUCUGUGCUUGCAAAUCCUCCUUGCAGCUGGAAAACUGUAUCUCCGGCUCUGAGCCCAAAACACUUUCCACCAUCUCCCACCCACAAACCCAAACCCAUGUCUCCUCCUCAGGGACCUAAGCCCACCUGCCCACCGCUCCCCACCCAGCAGCCAUCAGCCCUCCCCAAAGGGUCCUCCAGACCCCCACCACGCCCAGCUUCUAAACCGUCUUCCCCAGCGCUGCCCAGACCCCCACUACCACCACUGGUCGCAAAGGUCUCCUUCCCACCAGUUCCAGCUGACCAGCCUCAGAAACCAGCCCCUCCCAGUAUAAGCAUCCUGGACAAGCUGAUCAAGACAUGUCCGGUGUGGCUGCAGCUGGGAAUGAGCCAGGACAGGGCUGUUAAUAUACUCAACAAGGAGUCGCCUGGGAUUUUCGUUGUGAGGAGGGACAUCGGACAGAAGCUGAUGAUCAUGACAGUGCGUCUGCCUGACCAGCAGGGGGAGUCGCAGGUCCAGGAGCUCAACAUAAAAGAAGAAAAGUCCUUACUUUAUCUGGAAGGCUCUGUUUUGGUCUUUGACAACAUCUUUAAACUCAUUGCAUUUUACUGCGUCAGCCGGGAUAUCCUCCCUUUCACCCUGAAGUUACCUCAGGCCAUUUUGUGGGCGAGUAAAUAUGAAGACAUGGAGGUGAUCUCUACACUUGGCAUAGAGUUCUGGAGCUCAACGUUGAACAGCCACGCUCAGGACAGGUUUGGUAAAAAUGUGUCCGGCGGUAGCGCUCAGGACGCCACAGACCACAGUGGCUCCUGCGAGAUACAGUUGUCUGCUGGCAGUGAUCGUCUCUGGUACGUCAAUCCCGUUUUUAUUGAGGAAUACUGCAACAGUUUGCCAUCCAGUCCUCCUGUACCCAUCCUCAGGACUCAGAGCCUCAAUGCGCCCAUUCAGGCCCCGCCAAAAUACAAGAGGCCCCCGCCGCUGCCACCACGUCCCAUUAGUGUCUCUGAAGGAGCCCUGGCUCCGAUUUCCACGAAGCUGGCCAGAGAUGAGGUGACGUCAGAAGAGCCUCUGCUGAUCUCACUGAGCUCUUCUCCUCCUGUGGUGCAGAAAGAGGAAGGAAGCCAGCAUGUGUUCACAGAGAGGGAGGGAACUCCAGCGCCCAACACCGAAACAGAGACGACCAAACCAGACAAGGCACAGCCAAUUCAGAGCGAAGUGACGAAGCAGGUUAGUCGCACACCUUCUCACAGGAUUCCCCCAGUACCGCUUCGACGCCGGCUGUCGGAGAACCAGUCUGUAGGUGAAGAGAUUCAGCCAGAGCUUUCUAACAGCAGUGCCAGCUCCUCAGUGCCAGCGGAAGGGGAGGUGCCUGGAGCUCUUGUGGAACCUCUCAUCUGCCUGGAUGAUAACAUGGAACAAGUUGAAAAGCUUGUGGAUGCCUCUGAACAGCCCAUGGUUCUAAAGGAUGAAUGCCUGGUGGAUCACUCAAAGAUAUCGAAUGGAGCUUCUGCAGUGACCAUGCUGUCCACGGCUCAGGCAAAGAAGCCUCCUGCUCCAGUGCCGCCUCCUAGGAAAAAACGACUGUCCUGUGCUGUGACCAAAGCUUCAUCAGAGGCGGGUGAUGCUCCUAGGGCAACCAGCCAACAGCCCACCUCCUCCAGUCAACAGACUUCCAGCGCACCCACGUCAACCAACCGCUUGGUCUGCGUCAACACAGGCCACCCCAAAGUUCCUGACGUCUCGCUGUUCUCCCCUGAAGGGGGGGCUCCCCAGCCUGACCAUGAUUCCUACUCCACCAGCAGCACAGAGGAGGAGGCAGACACUACAGUGACAGGGGCUUUAGUGAAAAGGAGCCCCACCAUCAUGCUGGACAAAGCAAAACAGCGCCUUUCAAUGGUGAACUUCUCUACCGUCUUCACAAGCUUCAUGAGUGCCGACCGCAAACUCCAAAAACGAAUUGUGGAACUGGCUCGUGAUGGAAAUACCUACUUUGGGAACCUGGUGCAGGAUUACCGGGCCUACACACUGGACACCAUGCGCAGGCAUUCCACCAGCACCGAGAUGCUCCAGGAGAUCAGGCAGAUGAUGACCCAGCUAAAGAGCUACCUUAUUCAGAGCACCGAACUUCAAAAUCUGCAGGAGCCAGCCACAUACUCCGAGGAUAAGCUGGAAAUCAUCAUAGAGGCAGCGCUCUGCAAGAGCGUUCUGAAGCCUCUGAGAGAACCGAUCUACAACAGUCUGAAAGACAUCCACUCCCGUGCCGGCACUCUGAAAAGGCUGAAGGAGAACCAGCAGAUAGUGUUGGGCACCACCACCACAGAUCUGGGGGUGACCACCAGUGUUCCUGAUACACCCAUCAUGGAGAAGAUCCAGGUGAAGCUGGGGAACCUGCAUCAGGAUUAUUCCCCUCAGAAGAAGAUCGAUUUACUCCUUAAAACUUGCAAGAUCAUCUAUGAGUCCAUGUCUGUGGGCUGCCAAGGUAAAGCUCAUGGUGCUGAUGACUUCCUGCCGGUGCUGUUGUACGUUCUGGCUCGCUGCAACAUGGCGGCUCUGCUGCUGGACGUGGAGUAUAUGAUGGAACUAAUGGAUCCUGCACUCCAGCUUGGAGAAGGCUCCUACUAUCUCACCACGACAUACGGAGCUCUGGAGCACAUUAAGAACUACGAUAAGCAGGCCAUGACCAGACAGCUGAGUCUGGAAAUCCAGGAUUCUAUUCACCGCUGGGAGCGUCGCCGCACUCUCAAUAAAGCCAGAGCCUCACGCUCCUCCGUACAGGACUUCAUCAACGUCUCCUUCCUGGAGGCCGGGUCCAACACUAAGACUCUGGGAGUGCGUCCCAACACCACGGCUCAGGACCUGGCGUCGCAGUGUGCGGAUAAGUUCGAGGUGCUGGAACCGGACUCCUACUGUCUGACCGUGUUGGUGGAUGGUCACUACCAGUCUCUGACCCCUGAGGAGUUCCCCCUCGCCAUCAAAUCCAGCCUACAUCACAGCGAGCCGCGGAAAGAGUAUUACUUUGUGUACCGGCAUGGACUCUGGCCGGGAUUGGACUCUGGCGACCUGGAAUUGCCUAGUCAUGAACCUGAAGGACACCAGGAGGACAGCUUAAUCUGAAAACAAAUUAAUUAAUAGCAGUGGAUGAAAAAUUGGCCUUUUUUCACAGGUUUAAAAAAAAACUCUUUAUUGUCAAAGGUAAAACUGUUUAAGAUUAUUUCCGUAUUUUUCUCAUUAUAAGGUGUAUCGGAUUAUAAGACGCAUUUUAGCAGGCCGAUAAUACUCACCUCUGAGCGGUGAAAGAGCUAGCACUUAGUGUGGUUAGCGUCUAAUGCUAAUACUGCUUCAGCAGUGCUACAGGCCGAUAAUACUCACAACUGAACGGCAAACAAGCCAGCACUUAGCAGAUAAUGCUAGCACUUAGCUAAUACUGCUCCAGUUUUUGCGCUGAAGAACUAAACUGAAAGUGGCUUUACCGCUCUUUACAAUCUGACUGGUAAAAUUUAUACAUAAGGCGCACUGACAUUUUUGGGGGAAAAUGAAAGGAUUUUCUAUAAAUCCUGCGCCUUAUAUUGACACAACAGGGGUCCCUUCAGUGUGAGCUGGUAGACUCAUAGUUAGUAUAGAGAUACCUGUUCUUUUGAAAUGCAGUAGCAUAGGCAGUGCAGUGCCGUUUAGAGCAGCAAAAAACAGACAUGAAUAUUUAUGCAGUCUCUUUAUGAAUUUCAAUAUAAUUUUUUUUAAAUUUACAUUACAUUGUUGAAAUCAGUUUUCUCUUUGACAUUCAGGAGUUUUUUUUAGAAAUUCCUUUAAAAAUAUAAAAUAAUAUUGAACCCAAUUCCAUUUAGAAAUGCAAUAAAAUAAUUAUUGCCAUUACAGCAUAUGACCUGCUGAAAGAGAACAUCACCAGAACUGAAUAAACAUAAUCUCUGUACAGUUUGGACUGAUCCCAGUCCCAGAGUGAGCAGUGAUCAGUGGUAACUACUCUAGAUCUGGGAAAUCAAUGUUCAUGUACACAUUUAUUUGCCUUUAGUUUGCAUAUGUUUUGUAUUUUUAUAUCUUAUAUUGCAUAUAUUUGUACCUAAUAAAUUGUACAGCUUGUA